UUCCUUUAUUUAUUUUUUAUCCAUGGCUUUAUUCAAUGCAAAAAAUAGCAAAGCUUUUCUGGCUCCCAUAUUCCUACUUGGUUUCUUCUUCAUAUCUGGCCUGGAAUUAAAAGGUGCACAAUCAUUGGGUGUUUGCUAUGGAGGAAGUGCCAAUGGAGACAAUUUACCGCCUGAGUCAGAAGUUGUAGGUCUCUGCAAAACAUACGGCAUUGGAAGGAUGCGCAUUUACUCUCCAUACCCAGAAAUUCUCCAGGCCCUUAGAGACUCCAACAUAGAAAUCAUGGUUGGCGUCCCUAAUGACAGCCUUCAAGCCCUUGCCGACCAAUCAGCUGCUUCUGAUUGGGUCCAGAGGAAUAUAAAAGACUAUUCUUCUAAUGUAAAGUUCAAAUACAUUAGUGUUGGAAACGAAGUAGAUCCAACCAGUACAACAGCCCAGUUUGUUCUUCCAGCCAUGCAAAGCAUUUACAAAGCAAUUGCAGAUUCUGGUCUGCAAAACCAAAUCAAGGUCUCAACUGCUGUGGACACAAAUUUGUUGGGUGUUUUUGAUCCUCCAUCAGCAGGUGCUUUCAGGGAGAAUGCAAGGACAUUCAUUGAACCAAUCAUUGGUUUCUUGGUUGGUAAUGGAGCACCACUCCUUGCCAACAUUUACCCCUACUUCAGAGUUAGAUACAAUAACCAAUCAGUCUCCUAUGCCUUAUUUAAUGCACCAGGGACUGUAGUACAUGAUGGUCAAUUGGAGUACCAAAAUCUCUUUGAUGCCUUGAUGGAUGCUUUGUAUUCUGCUCUUGAGAGAACAAAUGGAGGAAGUUUGUCAAUUGUUGUGUCAGAGAGUGGCUGGCCAUCUGCUGGUGGUGCUGUGGAGACUAUUGAGAAUGCUGGUACUUAUUAUAGGAAUUUGAUUAAUCAUGUGAAAGGAGGGACUCCAAAAAGGCCUGGAAAUGCUAUAGAAACUUAUUUGUUUGGCUUGUUUGAUGAGAGCCGCAAGAGCGAGGAAAUUGAGAAACAUUUCGGCCUAUUCUACCCUUCUAAAACGCUCAAGUAUGAUAUUAGAUUUAGUUGAAAGAGAUAAUGUAUUAGAAGCCUCUUGUAUUUACUACUAUAAAUAAGAGAGGCUUUUGCAAA